AUGUCAGAACAACCAAAUCUCUCAAACCCAGACCUGUCACCCGAGACAUUCAGAAAGCUAUUGGGAAAACUGAUCUCAGCACCAGCAUCGUUCAAUCGAGCAGAUGCUACACUAGCUAUAGAGCACUUGUUGAUCCCUGGGAGCGUCCUCCCAAGUCAGAUUGGCAGCUUCCUUACUGCACUCCAUCUGAGUGGAAUGGAGAGUGACAGUGAAGUCUUGGCUGGUGCUGCAGAGGUCCUACGACGACACUCGGUCGUAGUCAACUCGCCACAAGCUGAGGAUGAUCGAAGGAGAACAGUAGAUAUUGUUGGAACAGGUGGGGAUGGACACAAUACUUUCAACGUCAGCACUACUGCUGCUGUCGUCGCUGCAGGAGCCGGUGCUCGAGUACAUAAGGAUGUCCCCUCUCGCCUCCAAGCCCACUUGCACCCAUUCGACGGUGGAUUGGUCUUAGGUGUAGCGCAUCCAAAACUGGGAGAAACAUUUGUUCAGGCCUUGAGCAAAGAUGAAACUGUUCAGCACGCUAUGGUUGUCUGUGGCGAGGAGCAUCUGGACGAGAUAUCAUGUGCAGGCCGAACAAGAGUUUGGGAAUUUAGGAAAAGUGAAGCUGGAACAGUGUCAUUCAAAGAGUCUAUUAUAUCUCCAGAGACAUUUGGGGUCGAUUCACACCUCCUGGCACAUGUCGCUGGAGGCAAGGGACCAGGAGAGAACGCAGAAAUAUUCACAAAACUUCUUACCCAGCCGCAAGAGGCCGCUCAAGGCGAACUGAAACCGAUCUUUGAUUUCGUUCUCAUCAAUGCCGCGGCUGUACUCGUUGUCGCCGAGAUAGCAAAGGAUGUCAAGGAGGGCGUAGAAUUGGCGAGACAGAGUAUAACUAGUGGAGAGGCUUGGAAAACAUUCCAAAGUUUUAAAGAAUGGGAUAAUGCUGUAGGAAACCUUGCUACAUCGAGUACUAAUUGA